AUGUUGGUUGUGAAAGCGUGUGAACCUUUGCGGGUCGUUGGCCCCACACUGAGAGUGCAACGGCCUGUCGUUUGUGGGACUUGGUGGUUCACCCAGGACCACAGCUUUGCUGGCGAGCAUGAAUUUGAAGGUCCUCCGGAGGACUUCGGCCAGCAGCUGGUGGUGAAGAGUACAUUUCUGGACCUCACGGAUGGUCUCAGUGCCACGCAACGCUUCAUGCGGAUUCGUCGGGUGAAGCUGGAAUUGGGCAGUGUUCACUUGGGCAGAGCUGACGUGAAGAGCACGUUGGGUGAGGCAACUGAGGCUGAGGACUCGGAAGUACCAGCACCGCAAAUGUUGUUGGAGUUGCUGGAGGAGCAAGGGCUUCUGGGGCACUUCGACUUUCUGUACUUGCCAUGCGACUUCCAUCGUCAUGCGAACCUGGGCUAUGCAUUCGUGAACCUUGUAGAUGAAGCACCUUGCUGGAAUGGAUGUGUUCUGUUUAAAUGUAGAUUGGUGGUGUGA